AUGGAGACAUCUUCCUCGUUUGAUAGAUGCUUUCAGUAUCGCUUCGACCGCCCUGUGCGGCACGCGUCGGUGCUGGCGCGCUUUCGGAGAGGUGCUUUCCGAGAGGACGAGUUCGAAGUGCCGGAGAGGUCGGUCGAGAUCCUGGAAGUGCUGCCGAGGUGCUUUCCGCUGCUGGUGGGCACGCCGGGGUUCAUGACGCAGGGAAAAGCUGGCAACCAACUGGGAGCGCUCCGCUUCUCUCGCGGGCACUUCUUGCAGAUGAUGGAUGCGAACAUGGGGGCAUUCCUGGGCGAGGCGACGAAGGUGCCGUUCAUCCUUCGGCGGUUUCAGCCUCACUGGACAGACAGGACAACAGUGCGAGCUCGAAUCAUUGGCUUCCGAGAGUUCAUCUUCACGGAGAGCCACGGGGCCGUGGGCAGCGUCAUGGCGUCCGCGGAGUGGUCCUUCGGCACCAUCUGCCAGCGCUUCUUGGCUGGUUUGGGGGCCCGGAUGCACUACGGCCACCCUGACUUCCUGGAUGGCUUCUGGGCCUCCAACCGCGGCUCCCUGAGCAAGGCAAGCCCGGCCAUCAACCUCUCCGAGGAUAUCUUCGCGGGCUUCAACGUUCGGAUGCGAGGUGAAGCCUCCAAGCACGUGGACGCCCUGGCCUGGGAGAAGGGGCGAGAGUCGUCGUUCAACGCGGCGGCCCUCUUCUACACCAAGGUGAGCAAAGGCAAUGUUGGUGUCAUGCGGUCGCGCGACCUGAAAGUCAUCACGCAGAACCUGAACAUUGUGGACAACUUCUCGUUCUACUUUGCCUCGGUGGGCUUCUACUUGAACAACUUGCUCAUCGACACGUCCGCCUCGGUGUACGUGCUCCUCUUCAUCCUCCUGGCGUUGUCGUCGAAGUCCCUGGUCGAUGUGGCAUCGCUUGACUCCAUGUUGGCCACUGAGUGGACGCUCUCCAUGGGGACCAUUGCGAUGUUUCCCCGCUUCAUGGAGCUGACCCUGGAGUAUGGGCCCCUGGAGGGCAUCCUCCGCUUUGUUCCGUCAAUCCCUGGCUGCAUGACCAUGUUCACUUUCAUCAACAAGUCCAUAGCGUCAGGCGUGCAGGAGACGAUGGUCACUGGGGAAGCGUCCUACAUCGCAACCGGCCGCCCCAAUGCGAACACGCACUACAGCUGGAAGGAGUGCUACUUCAUCCACUGUUCUAGCCACUACUACCCGGCUCUGAGGAUCUUCAUGAGCUACACCAUCUACACCUUGGUGUCGCAGGCGCAGGGCUUCUCCACGCUUCCGAUGAUGGUCCUCCUGGCCUCCGCCGUCAUGUGGCUGAUCGCGCCGAUACUCUUCUGCCCACAGCCCACGCUGGCAUCUCUAGGCCAUGACCUGAGCGAGUUCUGGCAGUUCACGAUCGCAGCACCCGACUGGUCCGUCCGGACCCUCAGCCGACAGCUCGGAUCCAAAGACACGGAGGAGCACCUUCGCACCGGCCUGCGGGAUCCGCGAUCCACUCUCUACGAGCAGCUUGACGACGGAUGGGAUCCUAGCGCGAUUCAGAAACUAGACGCGAUUGGCAUAUAA